AUGGCACAAACCGAGGAGACAACGGUCUCUAUGGGGGACCUAGUGGUGGUGAAGGCUACUGAUGAAGAGAAUGGUGAUGAUGAGGACAGCAACACACAGGUCAUCCUCCAGCUACAACCAAUCACAGCAGGUAUGGAUGAGUCAGGAGAGACAGACACAGCUGUGGAGGCACACCCAGAAGAAGCCACAGUUGAUGGGGAGGAGGUAGAGCUGGGUUAUCCCAUCACAUGUGGAGAGUGUAAAGCUGUGCUGCUGGUCAAGAAGUUUGUCUGUCCUGGAAUAAACGUCAAAUGUGUCAAGUAUGAAGACCAACUGAUCAGUCCCAAGCAGUUUGUCCACAUGUCUGGGAAGGCUACAUUGAAGGACUGGAAAAGAGCUAUCCGGAUGGGAGGGGUCAUGCUCAGGAAGAUGAUGGACUCGGGUCAGCUAGACUUCUAUGAACACAGCACUCUGUGCACCAACACGUGUCGUAGCACCAAGUUUGACCUGCUGAUCAACAACACACGCUUCCCCCCUGACGGCAGCGGACUCACCACGCCCAUCUCCUCGCAAGCCCAGGUGGUGAUAGGUAAUGGUGGCCAGGUUGCCAUGACAACAGAGGAGAGGUCAGAUGUUCUGACUGGAACAAUGGAGUGGAGUUCAGGGGCUGUAGCCUUGGAGACAGAGAAGAAGGAAACCAGUGAGAUAUCAGAGGAGACAUUGAACUUCUGGAAAGGCAUAGCUGACGUGGGCCUGAUGGGGGAGGUGGUAGACAACAUCAGGACAGAGCUGUUGGAGAUGCUGAGAGGAGUGCAGCUACGCAGCGAGCAGGCUGCCCUGCAGGACGCGGAUUCCUGUCUGGUAGAGGUGGCAGUGUUGAGUAACCUGGCCCAGGUGUUUGGCCUGCUGGACUCAGUCAAACACAUCCUGAAUGUAAGGAGAGAACAGACUGACCCUGGAGAGGAGCAGGUCAUUAGCACACUGACCAACCUGGAGCUGCAGCUGGAGGAACAGAGACGACAGCAGCACUUCAGAGCUCAGUUCUGCCACCCCCAGCCCGACAACAACAUCAGUCACACCCCAGGAGGCAAACCCACCAAGCCCAAGGCCAAACGACCUCGCUUGCAGCGGCCAGCCUCCACCACCCUCCUCACCUCUUCCCUCUCCCAGCCCCAGGCAGCCACCCUGCAGCCCCAGCAGUUCACUGUACUUUCCCCCAUUUCAUUCUCGUCCAUGGGCCAGCCCUUCUCCCUGUCUGGCCUGUCAGGCCUCCCCAUGGCCACACUGGGUCAACAGAACAACACGGUGACCCUCCACACCCUACCCGCUGGCACCCAGACCUUCACCCAAUACAUCACCACCAUGGUUGGGGCCGACGGCAAGACAGAGACCUUGACCCUCCAACCGUCCCAAGGGCUGACGCUGGUGGGCACCACCCUCCAGGACCCAAGUCAGCUGGGAGGAACCAUGAUGAGUCCCUUGGAGCUGGUCCAACUCACCCAGGGAGGGGUGACCGUCAGUGGGGAGAUGAUGGUUGAGCAGCCCAUGGGCCAAGUUGUGGAGAGUGGCACAAUGGUACUCCACCAGGAAGGGUUGAUACAGGAGGGAUUGGUGGAGGGAGUAGAGGACAAGAGCCAGGCACAAACGACAGUGACCGAGAUUGACCCUGCCCCGGUUGACCAGACCAUGGGGGCGGUGAUGGAGCUACAGCUGGCCCAAGAAGGAAAGGCUGAGGUUGGGGAGGAGGGUUCCGCCAUGGUCGUCCAUGGUGGGAUGGAUGUGACCAUUGUCUCGGAGGAGGGGAAGGGAGGGGAGGGAAUGGUGGUUCAGGGGGAGGUUCUCGAAGCUGGGCAGCAGAGCCAGGUAGAAGGUGUAGAGCUGGAUGCUAAUGGGCAGAUCUCAUGCCUACGGAUAAUGGUGAUCGAGGAGGAGACUCGGGAAGAGGACCAUGCCAAAUGACCCAGCUCUGCUCUGCAGACAGAGACAAUACCCUCUCCUCUCCAUGUUGCCAUGUGAGACAGUCGGGAUGGACUAGCCUGGUUCCAGAUAUGUUUGUGCUGUCUUGCCAACUCUCUGUGACAAUGAUCAUAAGAGCUGGAAAAACAGCACAAACAGAGGGUGGACUCAUUGACAGAACAUAAAAGAGCAUGCAGGCAGACUUGUGGUGUGAGUAAGUGUUUGGAGUAUGCUAUUUACACAGAGAGAUGCCAAAGACCUUGCCCUCUUAGAGAAGCUGUGGUCCUUAGCAGCUAGGCCAGGGUGUCCAUUAUUUCCAUUGUUGUUUCGGUCAUUUUUAUUAAAACGACAACACCUCCAGGCA